AUGGAAUUUUCUCAACUUAUUCGAUUCGUUAUUUUGGCUGUUUUGGCGUUGACUGCGUUUGCAGGUAAUUGGGUUUUUUCAGAUUCAUUCACAAAGAGACUUUCAGCUGGGUUUUUUUUUGAAUUUUUUAAGGCCGUUAAAAAUUUAUUUCGGUUUCCCUGGAAACUUUUGUUAAAAAUUUUAAAGCUAUGUUUGGAAAUUUUCAAAUUUCCUCCAAGGAUUUGUGUGCUAACACUUUUGCCUACAGUAGGAAUUCAGAUCUAAUUUCUCUGGCCGAAUUUAAAUCUAUGAGUUUGUGAUACUGUAUUCUGUAGGUUGUGCUAAACCUAGUGACGUCAUCAAAUCGAAUUAUGAAAUUCCUUAAAAAUUCGAAAAGUCCUCUGAUAAUUGAGAUGUGAUUCUCUUAAAUUUAGGUCCCGUACUCUGGAAUUUGGGCACCGUAUUUUGUAGGCAAUUCUUGACCUAGUGACGUCACCAAAUCGAAUUCUGAAUCGUUAAAAAUUCUGAAAAUCAUCUGAAAAUUGAGCUCUGAUUUUUUCUAUCUGUAUUUAAUUAAACCCUGGCAUUUCAAUUGCUCAGCUUACUUAAUUAGAAGAAAAUUAGAUUCCACGAAUUUUCAAAAUAGAAUUUCAUUUCAAAUUCACCCGCAAAACGUAAUUCUCUAAAGUUCAUAUGUAUUUCUAUCUAUUUUCAUCAUGAAAACACGAAAUUCUCACAUAAUUAAUUAAUUUCUAAUCUUCUUACGUGUUUUUUCUUCCGCGGUUUUUAAAAUGAAAUAAAAUAAAAACAAGAUUUCCCAAGAAAAAAAAUUAACAGGAAACGAUUUGCGAGGGUUCAAAAGUUUCGAGAAAAAUUUGUACCUGAAGCAUAUAUCCGGUUUUUUCGAGUCACUGAUUUUUGAAACUUUUAAAUUUUCUUCCGCUCUUAAAGGAUACUGUAGUUUGCUCUCCGGUUCUCUAAAAAUAAUGGUGACAUCAUAAAUUUUGAAACUUAUUUAAUCCCAUCGGACCCUUCAAUCAUAAAGAGAAAUUAAGUGAAGUUUUUUUCUUGAAACUUGUUUUUUUGUCUUCAUUUUUAUUAUUUUCUACUCAAAAAUGCAUCUUGUUUUGUUCUUUUUUUUUAUUACUCACUCAACAAAAAGUUGAGCUUCAAUUGAAAUUUAAUAUUACAAAGUUUUAUGAAAUAUGAUAUAUUUAAUGAAAAAGACAAACUGUGAACCUGAAUUUGAACCUGAACAUAAAUAGAAAGAUUGUACUUUGGCCGGAUCUCAAACAUUUCUGAAUUAGACCAUUUUUUUUUUGAAAAUUGUCAAAUUUUUGAAAAAGGUUCGGUUUCAGAAUUGUUAUCAAAAUAUCUGACCACAGAGUAAAUUACUACCAAAAAAGAUUUAGAAAACAUAUGUUUGAUCUACCGGAAAAAGUUUGGAAAUUUCGAGGUCUAGAGGUUUGAUUUAGUAUAUUACAUACUGUGUUGACCAGGCCCAAUUUCUAUUUAAAAGUUAUAUUUCUGGUCAGAUUCAAAAACCCCUCGUACUUUAUAUCCGAGCUCUUUUGAAUGAUGUAAAAUGCACUUGGACCCAUUUGCGCAUCCCAUUUUCUCAUUUAUCCAUUUCAUCGCCAAAUUAAAACCUCAUUUUAUGACCUCAAAACCUCUUUCUUCCCUUCUCUAUCCAAAAAAUCCAAUAUAAAAAACUACAGUAUAACUUUUUCGCGCACUUUUCAGCCACUUUCUUCUAUACGUUUAGUAAAAAUUGCGGGAAUUAUUCAAAAACGUUUGUCAGAAACCAAAACAAAACAUGUUCAAAAAUUCGCGUCCCUAUUGUUCUUUGCCAUUUUUAUUUUCAUUUUCAAUUUCGAAAAAUUCUAGACAAAAAAUGGCACGCACGCACACUUGAAGAAGGCUCCCCCCAAUAAAAUCAUAUUUUUAUGUGGUGUUCCAGGAAAAAGUGAUUACAGUAUCCAAUAAUAUAAAAUCCCAAUGUGUCUCGUUUUUUCAGAAUAUGAAGACUCUUUUGGUCCAUCGGUUGAUGUCGAUUAUUUUGGAAACUGUGAGUGAUUCCUUUUUUUGGAAACAAAAACAUGAAAAAAUAAUCUCACUGGGAUUAUGUCUUUGGCAAAAAUUUUGAGAACAAGAAAUUUGAAAGGAUUCAGAAACCAUAGAAGUGCAGAGGCAAAGUUCAAUAUUUUUCAGACGUGAAAAAGGCUGGACCAUCUGGACCUCUUCGAUUCGGAAAACGACGUGGGCCAUCAGGACCAUUGAGAUUUGGAAAAAGAAGUGGACAACCAGCUUUCGACUCACAUGAUUGGGCUUAUAACAAUUGA